AUGAUAGAGCCUCAGGAUCUACAAAGAAAAGUUAACCUAUUCAAACGGUCUCCUCAAAAACCAAUUUACAAACAAAAUCUCUUGAUGGAUCAUGAAGAGCCUCAAUAUAUUAUCGACAAUUAUAAAAACUCAUAUUUGAAAAUAGGUGGCAAUGGAGAUGGUCUAGAUAAUUCUGGCAACACUAAUAUCAUGCCGUUAGCCGCCAAUGCUAAAUCUAUCCCUAUGAGUACUGAUACCGACAGUUUAAUUCUUGCAAAUGCCUUCUAUAUAUUUAUGACGAUAAUUGUUUUGCUAAUCCUUUUGAGUUCUAUUUCGUUUGGAAUAAGAGAAUAUUCUUUUGCAUUCAGAAGAAGAAUCAAAUCAUCAACAAAUGAGGCUUUGAAGUUAAACAAUUGGAACAACACCAACAAAAAAGCAAACAGACCACUGCCAUUAUGCAACAAAAUAGACAAAGCUCAAGUUAGAGAAGCAACCAAUACUGAAACGAAUAAUCAGCAUGAAACUCCAAUGUCAAGUAAAAACAAUGCAAUCUCUGGUAUGACACAGUUCACGGAUAAAGAGCCAAAAAUUGAAAACGCACAACAGUGGUGCUACAAAGAAGAUACAUCACCAAACUAUAAUGUGCCAUCGUCUCACACUGAAUCAGAAAAGGUAUACUACGAAAAUGAGUAUGACAGUGGUCUCACUGACAAAUCGAUAACCAAGUUCACUAAGAAACAAACAAUUCCAUCUUUUGUCACAAUUCAACCAAAAUCGAUUUACAGCAUAGACAGCUUAAUGGCCCUUGACAAAACUAAAGCUAUGAUAGGUGGUGUCUUAAAUAACGUUUUCAAAUACAAACAAAAGCAAAAGAUUCCAAUGUCCUGUUUACUAAAUUGUACUAUAGUUUUGCCUCGCACAACAUUUGACAAUGCAUGGAAAGCUGCCAAAGUUAUACGAGACGCCGAGAAUGAAAUAAUAACAUCGUCUUGCAAAAUUUCAAAAAAGCUUCUGCUACUUCGGAUAUUGUCAAUUGGAAAAUCCUUUGAACUCUUGGAUAAUCCCAACAUUUUUCUUGAAGCAUUUAAUGAUUGCAUUGAAAAUUUGGUAGAUAUGGGACUUGUUUUCACUAUGAUGUUCGAUUCGAGUGUGGUUUUAAAGCUACUAUUAAUAGAAAGUUUGCUCACUUAUAGCUGGUCACAUUACCGUUUUUAUGACUUUGAUGCCAAAAGCAAUCUUGUGAAAUUACAAUUCAGUAACUGGAAUUUACCUCACCCUAUUGUGCAAACAAGAAAUACCAUUUUCAAGAUCUUAUGUAAUUUGCAAUUGGGACUUGACACAAUCUUUGCGGAAUCCAAAGAGAUGGAAAACGACAAUGAACUCAAGUUGGGAUUAGUUAUACGGGAAUCGAUAAACCACAGUGUGUGCAAUGAUUACAUUGGAUAUGUUCCUAUGAUUGCCCAAGCAAUAGAUAUUUCCAACAUCGAUAGAAACAAAUUCUUUUUCUAUGAGAUUUUGAAACUCUUGAUAGUGAAACAUGGCAACUGUUGCAUGAAAGAGUAUAUACAAGAAUCAAACAUUGAAUUGAAAACUUUGGUACAAUAUGGACUUUCAGAUGAUCAACACUUGGUGAUACAAGAUAAGGCCAAGGAGAUAUUCCAAUUACUUUCUCGUCACGAUGAAAAUAUCUUUAUGUGGUUCAACGAUAUUAACCAUUCCAAAAUACACAUUGACUCAGCAGUACCGCUUUCAACAGAACACACAGAAAAAUACUUCAGUGCACCAUUGUUUAAACAACAACCACCAAUUCUCGAGGAGCCGAGUUCAGGGUCAACUUUUGAUUCAUUCUCGCAUUCCUGGAAGAUGGGCAUCCUUUCGAGCGAUUUGAAAUUUCAUAAAAAUAUUGACAAUCGGCAGUCUCGAGUUGUAGACUUUUGA